GAGCGAUGCCCUAAGCUCAAAGUCAUCGAUGUGUCUGGCACGCUUGCUGAGGCUAUUCGACGAACCCACAAUGGCGAAUCGGUGUCAUACCUUUUCACCAAUGUUCCCGUCUAAAAUGACUAGAUGGAUAUUAUUUGAUUGGUUUAGCACUUUACUGUUUGUCUUGGAUGGCGACGAUUGGAUACUCGACCAACCGAUGCUUGGGAUAAUUAGGUGCACCAAAUUCCUUUUUUGAGAGAAAGUAUUUUUCGAAUUGUCAAGGAUGGUUAGAUUGAUCUCCGUAUGGGUAUUCGACACAAGUCCUGGCUAUCUAGGGUACAACCAGAAGCUUCUUCAUUGCUUAAACUGCUGAGGCCCUUUACGCAGAGCAGGUUCUGCCUCAGAUCUGCGCGUCUCAGUGCUGGAGGGAGUAUUUCAUACCAGGCUAACCCACACAAACGAUGCUGCAACUACCAAGUGCUGCAAUAAGACUUGAUUGAGGGAGCGGACGAGGGGAUGAUUGGAUGACUUAUGGUUACAGAAAACGAAAUAUAUUGGGCGCAAGGGGCACACUGCGAUGUUUGAAUAUUUAGCACAAUAAAAAGACAGAGAGCAAUAUGUACACAUGAGGCAAAUUCUUGGCGGGUGACUCACGGCUGCUCUCUCCGUGUAGGUACCAAUAUGUACAUGUAUAUAACAUGACCAGCUAUAUGAUUCAGGAAAUUCUAUUAUUAUAAAGCU